AUGCAUGGAGGGAUUUCGCCAAAAUUGAAUAAGCUCAGUGAUCUUACAAAGCUUAAACUUCCCAGGGACAUCAUUGCACAACAGCGAGAUACUUCGCUUCCCAAAAGUUUCUUCCCAGAGAAUCAUCCAUUGGACUUGGAUCUUCUCUGGUCUGACCCUAAUGGUGAUGUAGACGGGUUUGAGUAUAACGAAGCUCGACAAAGUUCCGUCUGGUUUGGUCCACAAGAGGUUUAUUCAACCUGUGAGAAGCUCGGUAUUAAACUCAUUGUGCGAGCUCAUCAGGCCUUUAAUCGCGGUUUUGGGUUUUUUGCGGGAAAGAGGAUGGUUACCUUGUUUGGGGCGACGGACUAUGUUGUGAAGGGAAGUUUUGCCGGUAUUCUCCAUUUACAAUUGGGCAAUGUUCAAGACAAGAAAGGCAAACCGACUGAGAAAAAAGAAAUUCAGGCUGGCAUUAUUAUCUUCCGUCCUGCUACUAAAGAAACUAAAGGAAAGAAAAAAUUCAUCGAGGAGUUUGAGAAUUUCCCUGAAGCUGAGGAGGAUGAGGAAACUCAACUUGAGAUACUUGGAAAGAUGCCAACAGAGGAAGAAAUAAGGGAGUCGAUGCAAGACUGAUUGUGUUAAGAAUGAGAAUGAUGUAUGAGGAUUAAAAAAAUAUAAAUUAAGAAUAUUGUAAAUACAGACCGUUAUCUCUUGAAAUGUAUUGUACCAUAUAAUAAAAGCAGUUAAUAAGUA